GGGGGCGGUUCCGUCGUGACUUUUGUCAGUUGUGCUGCGAUGGUCUGUUGACUUGUGAUUGGCGUUUCGCCGGAAAGAAACGCAAACCAAAAGGCAUCUCUUCACAUUUCAAACGUGAACCCACCUGUCUUCCUUUCUCUUGGGGGAUGCGAUUGUCUCUGGUGCCUCUGGACCGACAGUGUGCUCUUCAAAGGAUUACAAUCACGUUUGUGACAUUUUGUGGGUUCGGAUCUCAGCAUGCUGGCGAGCUCGGUGGUUUACGCCGUGAAGAAACGGAAGAAGCCGCUUCAAAAAGUACCCAAACUGCCACCUCCUGAAGGUGCCCAAUCAAACCCGUCCAAACGGCAUCGUGACCGACUGAACAACGAACUGGACAAGCUGACCAGUCUGUUGCCUUUCACCGAAGAUGUUUGUGCUCGUCUGGAUAAGUUGUCCGUGCUUCGACUCGCCGUGGGUUACCUGAAGGUUAAGAGCUUCUUUAACGCCACCCUCAAGAAUGGACAAAAUGGCUGCAGCAAGCCAAGUCCCAUGUUGUGGGGAGAUGUCCAUAAUGCCUUCAUGUCCUCCACUGGUACCUCCCAGGUGUCCUCCAUCGAUGGAGUCAGCUUCUCCGAGGGAGACCUGCUCCUCCAGGCAUUGAAUGGCUUUGUGUUCGUGGUGACCACCGAAGGUUAUGUCUUCUAUGCAUCACCCAGUAUACAGGACUUCCUGGGCUUCCAGCAGUCUGAUGUCAUACAUCAGAGUGUGUUUGAGUUGAUCCACACCGACGAUCGAGCUCUUUUCAGACGCCAACUUCACUUUGCUUUUGAUCCGCAUUCCAGCCAGCAGAAUCGCACUGCGGUGGGCAGCAACGAGCAAAACAGCAGUGAAGUCAGCACCAACAUACGAGAGUACAACCCACAAGUCAUCCCUCCAGAAAACUCAUCCUUUCUGGAGAGACAUUUCUGCUGCCGGUUUCGAUGCUUGCUAGACAACUCAUCUGGCUUUUUGGCACUGAACUUCUGUGGACGCUUGAAAUUUCUCCACUGUCAGAACCGGGUGUCGGAGCUUCAGGAGCAGGUGCUCCCACAGCUAGCUCUGUUUGCCAUCGCCAUGCCCGUGCAGCCACCAUCCAUCUUGGAGAUCCGCACCAAGACGCUAAUGUUCCAGAGCAAGCACAAGCUGGACUUCACUCCGAUUGGCAUUGACACCAGGGGAAAGGUGGUUCUGGGUUACAGCGAAGCCGAACUCUGCAUGAAGCGUUCAGGUUACAGCUUCAUCCACGCUGCCGACAUGAUGUACUGUGCGGACAACCACGUCAGGAUGAUAAAAACAGGAGAAAGUGGUUUUACCGUCUUCAGACUGCUGACUAAAAAGGGAAUGUGGCUCUGGGUCCAGGCCAAUGCCAGUCUGGUCUUCAAGGAAGGGAAACCAGAUUUCAUUGUGGCCCGGCAGAGAGCUUUGACAAACGAAGAAGGAGAGGAACACUUCCGUCUCCAUCGGCUGAAGCAGUCGUUCGGCUUUACCACUGGCGAGUCGCUUUUGUAUGAUCUGGCGCCAACCGUCGAUGUGCCUGACGCUUGCUCCCCCGCAAAGCAGCGGAAGCUCGAUAACUACUCAGUCAGACCAAACUCACUCCUGGGCUGCAUACUGAACCAGGACCAGUCAGUCUACUGCCAGCACAAUAGUGCCAACACGCUAAACACCCUUAAUGACACUGCCUUUAAGGACACCCACGCCACAGUCAGUGUUCCCGGAGAUACCUGGCAGCACCUUUCACCCAAAGCGGCUGUUGACAACAUGAUCGGGUCCGAGGACACAAUCGAGGGUGUGAUGGAGACUCUGCAGCAGAUCCUGGGGGAGGGUGAGCUGGCAGAUGUGGUGGAUGUGACACCCGACGAGCUUAAGAGCUGGCAAAGCACUCUUCUGAAGGUGAGGACCAACGACCUGGGCGACGACCUGAACGACUUGAUCAUUGAGGACAUCCUUUUAUAUGAGGAGGAGCAGCUCCAAAACGAGGCUGCACCGAAGGUGCCCGAGCAGCUGGAAACCUGCGUCCAAACUUUGAACAUCCGGAACCGUGGCCCUGUUCACCACGGUAUGGUGCAGAGCUUCAUCUGGCCUCAAAAACCUCAGGGCCAUUUGUUACCCAGUCAAGGGCAGAUGUCUGAACAACCCUCCGCGGUUGUGCGGACGAUGAAACUGACCCACAUUGGUCUUCCUCAGCUGAGUUCUUCCGGUUUUAACGUUCCGGUGGCAGAUCCCAUUUCCUCUCAGCAAGCACUUUUCCUUCCUGCGCGCCUUCAUGGUGACCAGGACCACACUGGUAGACCUCCAAAGAUCUUGGACGCCCGUUUAGUGGACUCAUGUCGCGAGACGGAAAAACCGAGGAGCAUACAGACGAAAUUCAUGGACAAUAACCAAGAAAUUGUGUCGUGCAGGCAACCUAGUCAGAUUCAUCCCAACCAAAUGGUUCAUCCAAACCGGAACUGCCAUGAGUGCAGGACACCUAACCUGGCUGUGGAUCACCAUGCACAAACACAAACGGAGUUUAGUUUACAGAGUGACCAAAAGAACUCAAACCAUAGAGACACACAGAGUAAUGUUUCCGGGGGCCCAGUGAUCACAGCAGAGUCAAGCUGCAUGCACAGCCACUUUGUGCCUCCGACUCAAGGCAGACAGAAUCAGAGACAGUCUUGGCAGCUAGAGCCGCUUCCGCAAACGCAGCUAAUUUCAAGCGGACCAAUGAGCGUGAACCGCUGGUCAGAAUUUCAGCGAAAUCCAGGACUUGCAGCGGACCAUGACCCUGCACCGUACAGUCCGGUGUUCAGGACUUCUUUUCCUGCUGAGCACGGCAUUGGAGGGGCACCUGUCAUGGCUUCAAGCAGUUGUAUGUUCAAAACCACACCCCACUCUGUGCCUGCGAACGUUGGGCACGUCAGUCAGACUGCGCCCUGUCAAAGAUUGAAAGACAGCAUCAGUCAUAUUUCCAGUCCCUCUGGCUUUUAUCAGGCUGCGUCCAAUUUGAUGUUCAAUUCGGAUACGGCGCCGCUUUCCUGCCAAAUCACCACAGAUAGUCGGAACCCGCCGAUGCAACAACAGCCAUACCUGAACCUCAGUGACCAGCUCAUCAGCCACUCAGUUGUCGGAAAUGGUGUCCUGGCCUUGCCUCAUUGCGCAACGGGAACUCCCGCUCCUCAGAGAACAAACAGGAACAUGAACUGAAAAGGCAACUGUCUGCGAAACCAGGAAAACCACAAACGUGCUUUCAAGAAGGACAAAAAGCUCAGG